AACUUCCACUGACUGGACGGGAGUGCACAGCGGACUGCGCAUGCGUCACACUACAAACACCGUAGUUUUUGGACCAACGGGACGCCGUAGAUUUGGCGGUAAUUGUAAAACGUAAACAGAGUAGCAAAAAUGGAAGACAGUGAAGCGGUGCAACGAAAUGAAAACACUGAAAAUGAGACACCAGCGAAGAAGCAAAGGAAUGAAACGACAGGAGAAGAGCCGUCCCAGGGGCCUAACCCCGGAGCGGAGAGUAAAAACACCGAGGAGACCGAGCCCCGGUGGAGCAGACUGAAGCUGUUCGAAAAGGUGAUGCAGAAGAGUCUGGAGAAGGUCAUCGAACAUGCAAGUUUUAACAGAUUUGCCAGCAGUUUUCGCCCACUGUACAAGAAAAACCCUCAGAGAAUGGAGAACAUCCACAAGCAGUUUAUAGAAGAGCUUCGGGGGGCCAUACAGGAGGACAUCAGCAAAUUGAUCGAAGAGGGUCGGUUAGAGUCCAAACUAAAUGAGUUGGAUAAACUGGAGAGUGCUGCCAAAAACAAACCAGACCCUGCUUGGCGGCCGUCAGGGAUACCUGAGCAGGAUUUUUGCAGCUUUUUGAUGCCCUACUAUCAAAAGCAAGAGGCCUACUUACGAUUGGAGCUGAAAAAGAUCCAAGCAGCAAACGCUGACCUGGCGCAGAAGGUUCAGGCUGGUAGAGACAAUGUUGCUCAGACAGAACAACGUGUUUCAGCAGCUGUCAAUAACUGGAAGGCAUCUGUCACAGAAUUUGAAAAGCUGGCUUCCUCGCUUGGUCCUGCUGAUGUCUUUGAUGUGUGAAAAGCAAAUAUAUAUAUAUAUA